AUGUUAGAAACUCCUCUAAGUUCUACGCCUGGUCUAACCAGGAUAAGUAUUGGCGGGAGUAGCAAUAGUUCUAUUCGAAGGCGAAGUCUUAUACCACAGAAACCACUAGCAAGUCAUAAAAAUGAGGAGCGUAAUGACGAUGAUGCUGAAAGGUCAUCGCUGGUGGCAUCAGAGCGUGCCCUGGCUACAUCGACUCCUCACACUGCCUCACCCAGGAGAGGCAGAGACACCAUGUCUUCCUCGCCACAGAAAGAGCAUUUUCAAGGAUGCCUUAAACUUUAUGCUGAAAAUAAAAUAACAAAAGAUAAUGCAUGGAACCUCCAGCUGAUUGAUUUCAUGACGUCUAUGUUGCGGCGACAUGACUCUCGGAUGGAUAACCUACAGACUGCAUCAACAGUGGUGGAUGCGUCGGCUAAGAUAUACUCAUUUAGAGUUGAUGCUGUCCAUUUUGAUGUUUUGAAGAUGGCUGGUGGGCUUAGUAAAGCUGCUCAAGCCAAAAGAGGUAAGAAGGAUGAUGAUGAUAAUAACACGCAAGAUGAGGGAGCAGCCGAUGGAGGAGAGGCUGCUGCACCAGUUAAGAAGAAGAAAAAGAGGGCAAAAGGUGCCAUAGCUGCCAACCCUGCUGUGUUCAACGGGGAUUUCGAUACUAAUGAUUGUAUAGAUCCAUUUUUCGAGAGGCUGGCAGCGACAACUGGUGAUUUAACAUCGUCAAAUAGAGCGUUCAACGCGACCUUACCUAUACACGACAAAACACUUGCCUUGAUAUUGAGAACCGACGAUCGGUUUUUAGAAGAAAUUAAGGAAAAUAUUCCAGAAGAGCAGAGCAUAGACUUAUCAGAGCGCAUCACAAUAGCGGCGAAGCUGCUGCCCGCGUUUACAGCCAGUGCUCACAUUUGUGAACCUUUUACUGGCUUCUCUAUCACCAACUGGGAUCCUGAUACGGAAGAAACUGACAAUCGUGUAAAUAACUGGGUGGAAGAGAACCGGCUGAAUUUAUCACAACAAGCUCUUGCAUUCGACGUAAAUGCAGAGGUCGAACCAAUACCGCAGGAUGAACAGCACAAUGAUUUGUAUGACGAUGAGCCGCUGGGUGGUAUAGAAAGCGAAGAAGAAGCGGAUGUAGCGGUGGCGGCGUGCGUGGCCCGCGCGGGCGCCGGGCCCGGGCUCGCGCGCAUCACUGACAUGCGGCCCGUCGCGCCGCACGAUACCAGGCUCGAGUACUCGUACUGCGGCGCUAUAGUCGCCGCCUGGGCUGGACCGUCGCAUUGGAGGCUUAAGAAUAAUAGAGCCUCAAAGAUGACAGAACGCACCCAAUCUACCGCUGGUCGUAUAACAGCAGUAGAGGGCAAAAAGCCGACACGUACAAAACGUCAGCUAGAUUUCUUAGGAGCAGGUCUUGCAUUCGAUUGCCGGGCAGAUCCCGUAGGAGAGUAUGAGCCUACCCAACCAGCCAAGAUCAUGAUCAGUAGGAAGACACUGGCUACUGGACACACAUGGAAUGAAGCUAACUUCAAAACUCCUAUUGAUAGAGGUUUAGACGAAUCUCAUUUCCGGAAGCUGUUCCUUCGUCAGAAUGUGAUGUUAUUGCGCAAGCGUGACUUGGAGCAGAGCAAACAACCUGAUCCAGAGCCUGUCACAGUGGAGGAGGCCAGAGAUUAUGACUAUAAUAACGAGAAUGAUGCCUCUUAUUGUCCUAAUAACAUUCCUGAUGGUGACGAUUGGGGCAAUGAAGACGCGACAGCGGCAGGAGAUCUGCACGAUCAAGUGAAAACAGCUGAACCAGAGGAGAUAACAGACAUGUUGGAACCACCUACUAAAGUCGCGAAAAUCUUUAUACCAUACGCAAUGCGGGCGAAAAAAGUAGACAUGAAACAACUCAAACACUGCACAUGGAAACUGCUCGCAGAUAAAACGGUGGACGACCAAAAAGAGGAAGUUAAACAAACAUCUUUUGCUAAAAUAUAUAAACAGUUGCCUAACAGAUUGACACCAAACAUGCGUGAAUCACUCAGUAUACCUCUAGCGUUACUUUCUUUACUCCAUUUAGCAAACGAGAAAGGCCUGAUUUUAGAAAAAAGGGAAGAUAUGAAAGAUAUUGGAGUAAUAGGACUCAUAAAAUAA